AUGGCAGAGAGCGAUGAGGAGAGAACAGUUUCCUCACCACGAAGGUGGACGCACUUGUCCCUGAAGAAGAAAGCAGCUGAGACCCAGGUGGAGUCAGAGGAGGUGAAGCUGCAGGAGAACACAGAAAAAGUCGAACUGGAUCUUACAGGGACGAAGGAGGAGCCGUCUCAGUCGAAGGGGAAGUGGGAAAAAGGGAGCCGAGAAGAGCAGGAAGAAGAGCGCACUCCCAUCCCCUCAUUAGCAAGCAGCUCCCAUAUGACGACGCUGCUGCCAUCCAGGACAGACGGUGCUGAUCCAGCCACGCAGGCCAGCUGCAGUAAUACGCAGGAGGUGCCUGAGACACCAGGGCAAAGGCCUCCAGCACCCCAGACCCUGGGUUUAGGUGACCCUGGAACCAAGCCCCCUGGAGUAACACUGUGCCCGACCCCCGGGGAGCAGCUUUCCUCAGCCCAGCUCCAAGCCCUGCUGAUGAGAGCCGUGAAGGGUCUGACAACACCCACCCUGGAGCGAUUUAAAGCCACAGAGGAAGAGCUGAGUGCCAUCGUAUCUCUACACGGAGACAAGAUGGAGAGAAUUGGAGACGUCGUGGGAGGUAUCUUAAUCUGGCUAGACAACGUCUGUGAUCCCAGAGCCAGAAAAGCAGCGUUGAGGGCCAUGGCCUUGCUGGCUCGCUCCCACCCCCAGGACGUGGUUCUGAGCUGUGUGGCACACACGCUGUCAUCGGACAGAUGUGCCAUUGAGCUGUGGAAGGCCUUGGGUGAAGAACCACAGCUCACCAGGGAGGUGCUGCAGCAGCUGCUGGACAAGCUCCAGCAGAGACGCCGGGAGGAGAAGAGCGGCAAUGUGUCUCUGGCUGCAAUGAGGACCAUUUACGAGGUCCUUUUCCUAUGGGGAUACCGAGAAGCCAUCCUGGAAAUGUAUCCCCAGAUGCUCAUCCUCUGCGUCAGGCAAGUGCAGUAUGUGAUGGAUCUGCGCUUGCCAGGGACCUACAGGGCCAGCGAGACAUCCAGCCCCGAGGAGGGAUCCAGCUGCCUCAGCCCCCUAAGCACGUCAGUGGAGGCUGUGAAGACUCUUUUCUCUAUGCCCGGAUACUGGAAGGAAUUUGCCGGCAUCCAGUUACAGGAGGGUUGGGACAUGAUAUCUUCCCGAUGUUACUACUCGCAGGGUGUUGGCCUGAUUGCAAGAGCCAUGAUCGAGUUUGAGAACCCUCAGCUCCCUGCAGUUUUCAGAGAGGCCGUCACCAUCGUACAGAGUGAGAAGGAGGAUGAGCAGAGAAAUAUCGCCAUGACUUUCUGCACUGAGUUUCUCCAGAGUCCUUCCAUUGAGACGAUACUGACAAGAUCAGAGCUCGAGGUGCAGCUCAUGGAAUGGACCCAAGACAAAAAUCCCAUCAUACGUAGGCUCAGUCUGCGAGGCCUUGGCAGUGUGGUGCUCCAGCCAGCAAAGGUGCAAUUGUUACGGGCCCAGCUGCCAGCGAUCAUGGACACGUUCGGUGACAGGGAUGGAGGGUGUGUCAUGGAGGCCAUGCAUAAAGCUGGAGACAUCAUCUACCUCCUCGACGGGGAGGGGCUUGGCUCCAUCUCCCAGGACAUUGCAGUCAGCCUUCGCCCCUUCAUUGAUGACGAGAGGGGCAGUGUGCGCUCCGCUGCCAUUUUACUGCUUGGCAACGUGGUGAGCAGGGUGAAGGACCCGGACAAACGCAUCGUGCAGCAGGAAAUGAUCAACUGCUUGCUCCCGCUGCUGCUGCAUCUUGAAGACCAGGAUGAGAGCGUGACACUGAGAUGUAAACUGACGCUCUUCCGCUGCGCAGUGUUUCUCAGGUGGGCUCAUUUGAAGAGGCUCUUCCGCAGCAUGGCCUGGGAUGGCUCCUCACAGCUCCUGAAGUGUGUCUGGAAGUGCUUGAUGCAGAACAACGAGAGCCACAUCCCCAAAUUCCUGUUCCAGGCCUUAGAGUACCUGGAAAGCUCACAGACAACAAUAAGACAUUCUGCAGCCCUGUUCAUUGGAAAUACUAUCCGCCAUUACUGCGACUUGUUGUCUGAAACCGUGACUGAAGAGGGCAUCUCCCGCCUGUAUGAAGCUUUUCAGGAAGUGCCUUUGACAUCUGACAGGACCACAGGGUGCAUCCUCAAGAGACAUUACAAAUGGCUGCAGAAGCUUGGAAAUCUCAUGUCGGGUUCUGCAUUCGACUAG